AUUAAACUAAAUCUCAGAAAUAUAAAAAAUUUGUUUGGUAAGAAACUGAGUAGUAGAAAGAGUAUUACAUGGGUUCUUUCAAAUUGAUGACUACUUUCGCUCUUGUUGCUAUGGCGGCCAUUUCAUGUGAUCUUUUCAAUGUUGAAACGGGGAUCUUUGUGCAAGCUGCGGCUCCGAUGUGUGGACGAGUUUGUUCUGAAAAAUUUGAAGAUGGAAAAUGCGAUAAAUAUUGUGUAGGAUUGUCUUAUAAAAACGGUUUUUGCUUUCAAUCCGAUCCUAAAAUUUCUACAUAUCGCUGUUGUUGUUCAUCAGACUAAAUGUGUAAUAUGUCCUCUCUCAUCAAAUAUGUUGUGUCCACAUAUUUAAUAUGUCUUUAACUAUGGUGUUCUCUUUUUCGGUGAAAAGAUCAAAUAAGUGUGAACUUCCGUUAAUGUCAUUUGCGUAUUAAAUAAUGAUUUUGCUUUUAAAAUGCUAA